UGAAGCAUGCGCAGUAGCUCCCAAAAUGGCGAUGCCUGCCAACCUGCGCCUGUCUCUAGGGCUAGAGUUGAUGGAAAGCAUGUGUGAAAAACCGACGGAAAUGUGAACAAGAAAUGUAGUAAAAAUCCCUCUAGACUGAAAGAUGAGAAUCAAGAGAUCACCCAUAGUCAGGGGCAGGCCAACCUCCAGCUUGAAACAGGGUGUUUGUGUGUGUGUGUGUGUGUGUGUGAGCAUGAGCAUUCUGUGCAUCCAUCAAGUAAAGCUGGAACAAAGGAUCAAGCUGAUUAGAGAGAAACCUUAUCCUAAAAGUUCCAGACAUAAAGUGCUUCCACUUCAGUUGCAAAUGGAGUCAUCUAUACAUUUCAACCCAAAUCCAUACUUGGACUAAAGUGCUUUGAGAAUUCCGAAUUCACUCACAGAUAAAAUGCAGGUGACAUUCUGCAGGUUUCGGACUCACCAAUGGUGCUUCAUUUUAUUUAAUGUCAUCUUGUUUCAUGCUCUGCUCUUUGGAGCUGACUUUGUGGAAGAAUACUUUCUGCAGUCAUUACCAUAUGUAGAUGUGAGAGUUCUUGAAAUUAAGGACAAAGCCAGAAAAUUAAAUGUGGAGCCCUUAAGAUAUAACCUCUCAAAAUAUUAUAUCUUGAGCCAGGAGGAGGCAUGCAAGGGAGAAGAUAUCUUUUUACUCUCUCUUAUCUUCAGUAGUCCAGGAAAUGGGUCAAGGAGGGAUUUGAUAAGGAAAACCUGGGCUAAUGUAACUACUAUACGGGGACAUCCUAUCCUCACAUUAUUUGCCUUAGGAAUGCCAGAUCUGGGAACCUCUCAGCAAGACAUUAACAUGGAGUCUAAUAAAUACAGAGAUAUUAUUGAAGGAUUUUUCCUGGACAGUUCUGGGAACCAAACACUAAAGACCAUCAUGAUGAUGCAGUGGGCUGUAACUUUCUGCCCAAAUGCCAUGUUCAUCCUCAAGGUCAAUGAAGAGAUGUUUGUCAAUCUCCCUAGCCUGGUGGAUUAUCUCCUCAACUUAAAAGACCACCUUGAAGACAUCUAUGUGGGAAGGGUCAUCCAUCAGGAUAUGCCCAAUAGAGAUCCUCGAAGUCAGAAUUUUGUUCCAGUUAGUGAGUAUCCAGAAAAGUACUACCCUGAUUACUGCAGUGGAGAAGCCUUUAUCGUGUCCCAGGAUGUGGCCCGUAUAAUGUAUGUGGUUUUCAAGGAAGCACCUUUGGCAAUACCUGCUGAUGUUUUUAUAGGAAUCUGCGCCAAGUAUGCCGGCCUCAUACCCAUCCACAGUUCACGGUUUUCUGGGGAGAAGCAUAUCAGGUACAAUCGAUGCUGCUAUAAGUUCAUCUUCACAUCCUCAGAAAUGACAGAUGAAGAAAUGCCACUUGAGUGGAGGGAAGUUAAUGAUGGGAAAGAAUGCACCUUGCUUGAAACCUAUUAUGGGUUGGUUUCCUGCAAACUUCUAACUUAUCUUGAUAGCUUUAAACACUUUAAUAUAGCACCUAUAAAAAAUGAUGCAAUGUAUUUUGCUAAUUAAGACUUCAUUUUCCUACAGAAAACAUGCUUUACAACUUCCCUUUCUCCUAUCAUAGUAACAUGGUCUUCCCUUUGUAUUUCCCCCAAAAGGCUUAGCUAUAAAAGCCUCUGCAAUUAUGUAUUUAAACAAGAGAAAGAAAUUUCUUAGCCUUUUUAAUUCAUGUCCCAAAUACCAAUGACGUAACAGUUCCUAAAGAAUUUAAUUGUACAUAGAAUUCUUUCUUCAAUCACCUUGUCUUUUUAAAAGGAAAAUGCAUUAAAUUUAUUUCUGUGAAGAAUUGCCUCUUCUUAUUCUUUACAACUGCAGAGCUUCUCAAUAAUAUUCAAAGACAGUCAUACAUACAUUAAUGGAACUAGCUUUUGUAUUUUUAUAAUCUCUGACUUGAAUUAAAUGAAAAAAAUUCAGUAGAAUUAUUGUAAAAUGUUACUCAAUACUGUGUGCGUGCAGCAAAUGGGUCUAUAAGCUAAAAAAAAUCAUGGCUCCAUCAUCUAGUCUCAAAGAAUUAUAUGCACCUACUACAAAUAAAUCUUAAUUUUAUUCUUAUAGUAUGCAAGUUCCUUGAGUUAGCACAUUUACCUCCUAUGCUGGUAAUUUUCUGCAGAAAUUUUUCAACUAAGUCCAAACAGGCUCCACGAUAUAAACAGGAAGCAAUUAAUUCAUUCAUUUGGUGUUGGCAUACCGUAUUUCUCUUAUAGGAUAGACAAGAAUUAAGCACUAGAAAUAUAUAAUAUUAAGAGCUGGAAGAGACCUUAGAAGUUAUCCAGUCUAAAUUUCUGUGUGAUAUAUGAAAUGACUCAAAAAAAUCCCAGAGUUAUCUAGCCUCUACUUUGUUAGAACUGGAAAGGGCAUUAGAGAUCACUGCCAUGAAGUUAACCCCCUAAUUUUAGAGGUGAGGAAACUGAGGUCUAGAGAGGUUCAGUGAGUUGCCUAAGUCAUAUUACUAGUAAAUGGUAGUCUAUACUCAAGCUUAAUUCUUUUUUAUUCCAAAUCCAGUAUUCUGUUAUCACCACAAAUUAGAAUUCUCUUAAAAUGUAAUUUUAAUAUGGAAGACAAAAAGGGAAAAUUGGAUUUUGUACACAUUGCUAAUUCAGCAAUUUCAAAAUACCAUUUUAGGAUUUGAAUGUCUUUUAAUUCAGCAGACUUUUCGCUCAAGUUCCUGAAACUGAAUCAUAUUCUUCUCUAUGCAACUUGCUUUCCAAAUUAGCACUAUUACUUUACCAGAGACAGCAAGGUGGUAUAGUGGCUGAAUCUGGAGACAAGAAGUCCUGAAUUUAAAUCUGGCCUCAAACACUUACUAGAUGAGUGACCCUAGGUUAGUCAUUUAAUGUCUCCCUCAGUUUCCUCAUCUGUAAAAUAGGGAUGAUAACAAUAACACCUACCUCCCAUGAUUUUUCUAAGUAUCAAAUGUAGUCAUGUUGUUGGUUUAGAAAGAUGUUUCUUUUCUGGUAAUAAAAUAACACCUAACAUUUAAGUAGAGCUUUAAGGUUUGCAAAGCACUUUACAAAUAUUAACAUUUGAUCAUUAUCUCUGCCUCUUAGAAUUCCUAACUCCCUUCAAAGCACAGCCAUUCAAAUGGUCCCUUCCCUAAUGAGGCCUUUCCAGAACCUUCCAAGUGCUAAACCCUCUCCUUAAGAAAUUAUAUUGUAUUUAUUUAGUAUAGUCUUAUAUGCUGUUUCCUUCAAGAGAAAGUAAGCCCUUUGAAGGCAGGAAAUAUCUCAUUUUUGCUGUUGUAUACCCCAAUGCCUAGCACAGUGCUUGACUCAACAUUAGUAAAUUACUUUCAUAUAGUUUUCUUGGAUGGAAAAGUCACCAAAUUCACUUGGAAAAAUUCAAUUUAUUUCAAUACACUAAUGUAUGAAAAAGCAAGUCGUUAGGUUUGCUGAUGUGCUACAGAGGUAAUGGAGAGUGGAAGUAGUGCUAGCUGGGUAGUCAGGAGACUUGAAUUCUAAUUGUUUGGUACCAACUCACUCUGGGCCUCAGUUUCCUCAUCUAUAAAAUUAUAAGAUCCCAAAGGUCCCUUCCAGCUCAAAAGUUCUACAAUUUUAAAACCAUCUUUAACAGAUAUUUACUAAACACUUAGAUUUAGGGUAUUGUGCAAGGUACUAAAUAGGUGAAUGGUUAAAUGGUGAUAGGGGAAAAAUGAGUACUUAAUAGCUUCAGGGGCCUUAUAAAUCUAACAUCCUAUUUCUAGUAACUCAAGCUUAGUACCUAUGAGAGAAAUACUGAAUGUCAAGUCACUUCCAACUUUAACAUCCAAAUGAAUCCAAGAAUUCUAUAGGGAACAGAAGCUGUAGAAUAAGAAUGUGUCUUCAGCAGGUGUUGCCAGGGAGAGUUUUAAUCAAGUGCAAUAGGAAAAAAGUGGAGUCAGAUAUAAAAAACAGAA